CACGACUACACACCCAAAAUGUCUACCGAACAAGAAUAGUAUGUAUUUUUUUUCUUCGGUUGCUGAGCUACAGCCAUUCUGAAGGUUCAAAACUUGAAAUAUUCGUUUGUCACCACUAUUGGCACAUCCGAUUAGCUUCUGUUCAAAACCUAGCCUCCAGUCGCCCGCUUUGCCCAGCCCAUUGCACAAGUCUCAUCCCGUGUGUGUUACUAACCCUCCUAGCAAGCCAGUCACCGUUGAAAAGCCUAUCCCGGUUAGCUACGAUCUCGGUAAUCUCGCUGUCUUCGAUACCAACCCAAUGGACAAUGCCAGGUUGGCCAGCGACGCCCAACGUGAAGCCCACUUAAAGGAUGUUACCCGUGAUAACGUUCAGUUGUUGAUCAACCAAAUCUUAUCCUUGCCUGUCAAGACCACUACCGAAACACACGGCUCCUCCACUGGCCAGGACUCUACAAUGACGUUGGUGCGUUUGCCGGUUCCAAUGACCGACUUGCCAAGAGAGAAGCCAUUGCCAAAGGCCAAGGCGCCUACGAAAUGGGAGCAAUUUGCGGCCAGGAAGGGUAUCCAGUCCAAGACCAAAGACGGAAAGUUGGUCUACGACGAGGCAUCCGGCAAGUGGGCUCCUAAGUGGGGUUACAACGGUAUCAACAAGCAGCUCGACAACCAGUGGUUGGUUGAGGUUGAUGAUAAGGUGAAGAACACCGACAAGGAGAUGAUUGACCCUAGAACCUUGGGCAGAAUGGAGAGAAAGAAGUUGGUUAAGAAGAACGAGUUGCAGCACAAGCGUAACUUGAAGAAUGAUAAAUAAGCACUUUGAAGAGUUUCCCCGAAGUCUGAGAGGUCCACAAAGACGUUGGCUCUUUGUUGGUGUACUAUUUUUGGCAGGCUCUAUUGGUUCUCGUGUGUUAACAGGCCUGCUCGCUCCGUUUUUAUUUUCUGUUAGGUCCGACUU